CUUAUAAUUCAUUUAAAACACGUCAUCAUUUCCAAGGUCGUUCGCAGUUUAUUACUUCAAAUAAUUGUUUUGUAUAAUCUUUAAUCUCACAUUAGCGUGUUACUGCUUGACCACAUAUAUUUAUACAGAAAUUUAUGAAAAAACACAUUGCGUCCAUAUUUUUCAUCAUUAAAAAAAACGGUUUAGUUCAACUAAAAUAAUUUCCGUGACGUAUGCAGAUCGAAGAAACCCAAAAUGAUUUUCCAAGUGAUAAUUGCGGUGAUAGUGGUUUCCGUAACUGUGGUAAUUCUGUAUCUAAAGUGGUCAUUUCGUUACUGGAAGAGCAGAAACGUUUUCACCAUUGAGCCGACUCUUCCAUUUGGCAAUGCGAACGAGACGAUAAGUGGAAGACAAAGUCUUGGAUUGUCCUUGACAAAACUAUACAAUUCCGCGAAGGCUAAAGGACUCCGUUAUGCCGGAUUGUAUUUCAUCGCCAGUCCCGUAUUUCUAGCGAUCGAUCUAAAAUUGUUGCGAAGCAUGCUGAUAAUCGACUUCCAUUAUUUUACCGACCAUACGUUAUUUACAAACGAAAAGAACGAUCCUUUAAGUGCACACUUAUUUACAUUGAACGGUGCCAAAUGGAAAGCCCUCAGGACUAAACUCACACCACUUUUUACCAGCGGAAAAUUAAAAAUGAUGUUCCAAACGUUAGUCGAUUGUACUAACAAUUUUCCUUACGUUUUGGACGAGGCUAUAAAACGAAACGAACCUUUCGAUAUUAAAGACACCUUCGCAAGAUACACAACAGAUGUCAUAGGAUCUGUCGCAUUUGGGAUAGACUGUAACUGUCUUAAAGACCCCAACACAGAAUUCAGAGCGAUUGGUAAGAAAACAGUUGAGGUCGGUAUCAAAGAGAGCUUGGUGCAAGCUGCAUUUGUGGCAAGUCCAAAAAUAGUAGACCUUUUCAAACUCAAAAUCACCAACAGCGAAGUGGAAACGUUUAUUAUGAACAUCGUCAGAGAAACAAUUGAAUAUAGGGAGAAAAAUAACUUUGCGAGAAACGAUUUCAUGCAACUUUUGAUGAACUUGAGACAUCAAGAAAUUAAACUCAAUUCGUCCACCGAGACUGACGAUUCUGUCGAUCAACUUGCUUAUUAUCAAAAUGGAUUAACUCUAGAAGAGGUUGCAGCUCAAGCGUUCGUAUUUUUCGUCGCCGGUUUUGAAACAUCUUCCACAACUCUAAACUUUUUAAUGUACGAACUCGUUCAAAAUUUAGACAUUCAGGAGAAAUUGCGGGAAGAAAUCAAAACAGUUUUGAAACGCUACGAGGGAAAAAUAACGUACGAAGCUAUACAAGAAAUGACUUACAUGGAGAAAAUUGUUAAUGAAACACUAAGAAAAUACCCUCCCCUGCCUACAACCACCAGAGUUUGCACAAAAGAUUACAAAAUACCUGAUUCCGACGUGGUCAUUCAAAAAGGCACAUUAGUUCUGGUUCCCAUCUACGCCAUUCAACAUGACCCGGAAUAUUAUCCAGACCCGGAAAAAUUCGAUCCUGAACGAUUUUCCGAAGAGAAUAAAAAUAAGCGACCACCUCUAACGUUUCUACCUUUCGGAGAAGGUCCUAGAAUAUGUAUUGGGUUAAGAAUGGGCGUAUUACAGAUCAAAGUUGGUUUAACAGCCCUUCUUCGGGAUUACAAAUUUACCCUUAACUCCAAGACCAAAGUGCCCUUGCAGUUUAAUGGGAGACAGUUUGUUUUAACCGUGGACGGUGGGGUAUGGAUAGAAGCCCAAAAAAUCUAGUUUAUCUACCUAAUAUAUUAAACAUCCAAAACUUUGAUAGAUAUAUUUUGAACUUCGACCUUAUUGGUUAAUUUUUGAAGUAAAAUAUUAAACAAGUGGCGGUCAAUGAUUUCGACCGUUUUGACGCAAUUUCAACUUUGGAUUGUUUAUAUACUUGACUGGACAAAUAGUGAAAUAUAUUAUUUUUUGUUUUCUACCAAAACCAAUUGAUUAAUUUGCAGUUAGGAACCUAGAUUCCGUUUCAUCUCCAGUUUUGAGUGUAACGUAUGCAAAUGUGUAACCAUCAUAAUGUACAAUAGAUGUAAUACCUAAUCAAAUCUUUAUUUUCUA